AAUAUAAUAUAAUAAGCUAAAUCGGAAACGGACUCUAGUUCAAUCAUCUGCCAGCAACAUUGUUCGGUCCCCAGUGGAAGCAGAGUGAAAUCAUAUAAAAUACAUACGGGCAAAGUGGAAAAAUUGUGUAAAAAGAGGAAAUGAAUAUGCAAAAGAGGCGGAGGGGAUAUGAAAAAUGCAAAUAACCAAAUCGAGUUCAAUGAGAAAUGCAGCCAACCCGAGCGUAUUUACACAAUUCCCAGUCCCAUUCACAUUCCCGGUGCGCGAAGGUGGCGUCGAGGAGCGAAUACCAAUGCGACUCACUGUGCAGAUUGCUAAUUGUGGCUGACUGGUAAACCGAAGAAAGCGCCGGCCGGGGAAAAUGAAAAAUGCAUUAAAUGCGACCGCGAAAUAGAGAAAAAAGUAAAACCAAUCAAGCGACGAAAAAAAGGAAAUUGCACAUGCUGGGCGCACAAAACAAAGGAUGACAAAACGAGUUAGCGAAUGUAAAAAUUGAUUUCUGCGGUCUGGGCAGCGGAUAUUGCUCAUACAUAUAUGACUUUAAAUCGUUCGUGGUACACAGUGCGAUAUAAAACAUUAAGUGAUUUAUCAAUAAACAAUCACAUUUGGGGGGCAGAAGGUCAACAAACAACAUGCUAAAGCCAGCGCUUAAACUGCGAAGAUUCUUCCUCAUCGCGGCUAUUUAUCUAGCCAGCCUGCCAGGUCUCACCGUGGGGCUGCGCAAUGUCAACGUUCGCAUCCCGUCCGCCGUUAAGCGUGGCGAUAAUGCGCUCUUAAUCUGCAAUUAUGACAUCGAGAACGAUACGCUCUACACGGUGAAGUGGUAUCGCGGCCGGCGGGAGUUCUACCGCUUCACUCCGAAGGAGAAUCCGGCCUGGAAGAUAUUCACCAAAACGAACGAAAUUGACGUUGAGACCACCCAAUCAAAUGCCAGCCAUGUCCUGUUGCGAAAUGUCCCCACCUCUAUAUCCGGAAAGUUUGCCUGCGAAGUGUCCGCCGACGCGCCCACCUUCGACACCUCCAUCGUGGCCGCCGACAUGGAAGUGGUUGAACUGCCCACUCAGCGGCCCAUCAUCACUGGCAUCCAUUCGCGGUAUCGCCUGGGCGACGUGGUGAACGGCAACUGCUCCUCGGACUAUUCCAAGCCGGCGGCCAACCUCACCUGGUGGAUCAACGACAUCCAGGUGCCACCGAACUAUCUGCGGGUCUACGAUGUUCAGCGUCACCUGGCCGAGCACCUGGAGUCGGCAGUGUUGGAGAUCAACUUCGUUGUGACGGUUCACCAUUUCAUCAAGGGUCGCUUGAAGCUGAAGUGUUCGGCACGCAUCCACGACAUCUACGCCCAGGAAAGCGAGAAGCUGAUCGAGGAGGACCGUCCCAGGAUUCUGGCCUCGGGGCGAUCCCCCGACAUGAAUAUGUAUCCCUUCGACCAGCCCGGCGAGGCCGACGAGCACAACGAACUUUUCCUGAUUCACUCAAAUGCCGCCGCCGGACUGCGGCCGAGUCCGUUCGACUGGAACCGCACCCUGCUCGUCCUGCUCUGGCCGGCCAUCUGGAUUCUGGGUCAGUGGGGUAACCUGUUGGCGAGCCAGCGUUCCGGCAGGAUGGAGCGGUGAUAAGCCGGCCACCGGCAGGAGAGAUGGACUUCAGGCGGGACUUGGACGAGUGGAGGAGCCCUGCUCGGGCUCGGCAAUUACGGAACCCAUAUUUAGUGAAUCCAAUAGCAAAUCGACAGUGAAACGGUCCCCAGCAUACCGACUAUACCUACUCACAUAUACCUAUGCCUAUGUUAAGUAUCUGUAAGGGCGAGUGCAUUUCCGAAAUGCGGCGUCCCGCAUCAACACUCGGGCGACUCCCUGCGAGGACCUCUCUAACCCUAAGUCAAGUGUAAAUAAACAUCGAGCCCAUUCUCACAUGCAUACCUAUGGGUAUACCAGGCACACAUAUACACCUACUCUUUAAGCAGGAUUCUGAAUGUUUGCUUUUGUUGGGUUUGUCGAGGAUUUAUCGUUAAGAUUGUGGUUUCUGGGCGGAUUAAGUGUUUCGUUCGUCUGAGUCUGUUUGAAAAACUGUACAACUAUUUAGCCAUAGAGAUAACUUUAGUGUUACCCUAAGUUGGGAGUGUGCGUUAGGAGCCUUGAUGGAAGCCAAAUAAACAUUGUUUUAUUUCAUCA